AUGGAAUCUUAUAUUAAAGUGCAAAACAAUAUAUAUGAUCGAAUUACAAAAGCUAGAUCUAAUUUUAAGAAAUCGCCUAAAGAACGUUUAGCGAAUGAUGCGUAUUUAUCGACAAGAUUGGAUGCGCUUGAGGAACUUUGGUCUCAGUUUUUGCAAACUCACACGCAAAUUAUUCAAGUUUCGGAAAGUGAUAAGUUGAACGCUACUACUUAUGUCAAAGCUGAUACAUAUGGCAAUUGUGAAGAACAAUAUAUCGAUUAUAAGUAUGAGUUGCGGGAAGCUCGAGCUAAUUUAACUGUUAAAUCAUCCACUGUACAUCAUGCGCCAGAUGGCAGCACGACAUCUACAGAUUCGAAUCAACAAGGUUUUAAAUUACCAAAGAUUGCUAUCCCACAUUUCUCCGGGAAAUAUGCAGAAUGGACGAGCUUUCGAGACCUGUUUUUGUCACUGGUACAUAGUAACCCUACAUUGGAUGACGUUCAACGAUUACAUUAUUUAAAAUGUCAACUCACUGGAGAAGCGGAACGGUUCUUGCGACACAUACCAAUAACUGCAGAAAAUUAUAAGUUAUGUUGGAAACAGCUUGAGGAUCGGUACAGCAACAAAAAGUAUCUUGCCAAUUGUAUCUUAAAGAAAUUUAUGAAUCAAAAAACUGUAACAACUGAAUCGGCUAUAGCGUUACGCGAAAUUUUAGAUACUACUAAUGAAUGUCACAAUGUCUAUUCGUGUCGCCAGUCUUCCAGGUGUCGUAUUUGCAAGAAGAAAAAUCAUUCUUUACUACAUCCCAAAAAUGUAUCGCUCCCGUCGGUGCCUCAAAUGAGUGAGGCAGAACCAGAUGCUAAGGAAGCGACAGCAUCUACAUCAACACAGGUAAAAAAUAUUAAUAAUAUCAGAGCCUGCUUUUCACGUUUCAGUGGACAAGUUUUACUUGCCACCGCAUUAGUUAAUGCCAGGUCACACACAGGCUCAUUGAUCACGUUAAGAUGUCUCAUUGAUCAAGGAUCACAGGCUUCAUUUUUGACUGAAGCCGCUGUUCAACUUCUCGGGCUAAGAAAGAUUCCACACAAAAGCUCCAUUAUUGGUUUGGGUAGUGACCAAUCAAGUUCUGUUGCCUCUAAAGCGAGGGUAGAAAUUGAGAUUGAAUCACGCCAUUGCAACUUUAAAAUUUGCGUCCAAGCUUUUGUGCUCAAUAAGCUCACCUCAGUACUUCCGGAAAGGAAUGCUGUUGUUAAUCUUAGUCCUGAAGUAUCUAAAUUAGUUUUAGCAGAUCCUUUCUUUGCAACACCAAAUAAAAUUGACAUGCUCCUUGGAGCAGAUGUUUAUGGUCAGAUUUUGCUUGAAGGUCUGAUCAAGAAUUCACCCAGUGCAUUAAUCGCGCAAAAUACACAGCUGGGUUGGAUUCUAUCGGGUCCAAUUCAAUCCAGAUCGAGCUCCAGCACUAUUUGGUGCAAUCAUAUUCAUCAAAAUGAUGAAUACGAACUUAUGAAGAAGUUUUGGGAGCUUGAAUCGGAUCAAUUUGCCUCUGAUAAAUCACUUCUUACGGAGGAAGAAAUUAAAUGUGAGAAUAUAUACUCAUCAACUACUAGGAGAGAUAGUUCAGGACGCUAUAUAGUACAUUUACCAUUUCGAACCGAUGAUCCGAAUUGCAAAUAUGGUAAUUCAAAGGCUAUUGCAAUAAAACAAUUUAAUCGGCUUGAGAAUCGUUUAUUAAAAAAUCCUAAGCUUAAGGCUGAGUAUGCUGCUGUCAUAGAAGAAUAUAAAAGGUUAGGUCACGUGGAAACUGUGCCAUCACAUGAAGAAGAUUUGCCUGAUGCUGUAUACUUACCUCACCAUGCAGUGAUCCGAGAGGAUAAGGAUACUACUAAAGUCCGAGUUGUCUUCAACGCUUCUUGUCCAGGAACCAAUGGCAUCACAUUGAAUGACGAACUUAUGGUAGGCCCAUCACUACAACCUGACUUACGUCACAUUAUAAUGUGUUGGCGUCAAUAUCCAAUUUGUCUUGUCGCUGACAUUAUAAAAAUGUAUAGACAGGUGAAAAUAUCUGAAUUACAUACAAAUUUUCAACGUUUUGUGUGGCGUGAAGAUCCAGAUCAAAGACUGCAGCAUCUGCGCCUCUUACGAGUUACUUUUGGUACGGCUUCAGCACCUUAUCUCGCUGUGAAAUCAUUACAGCAAGUUGCACACGACGAUGGGGUGAAGUAUCCGCUGGCUGCUGAAAGAGUACUUCGUGAAUUUUAUAUGGACGAUUUUAUGUCGGGUUGCUUUUCUGUGGAAGAAGGUAAGCAAAUUUAUAAGGAAAUAACACAACUUCUACAAGGAGGUGGAUUUGUCAUGCAAAAAUGGAGCAGUAAUAGCGAAGAAAUACUUAAAGAAAUUAAUGAAGAUGUUGAAGAUCAAGCAGAAAACCUGAAACUAAAAAUAGAUGAAAUCAUGAAAAUUUUAGGACUUACCUGGAACAGAAGAACCGAUGAAUUUGAAUACGUAGUAAAACUUCCACAACUCUCUCCUCCUGUAUCAAAAAGAAAAGUUAUUUCAGAAAUUUCUCGAUUAUUUGAUCCUGUUGGUUGGCUUGCGCCAGUAAUAAUUUCAGCCAAGGUUUUUAUACAGAAAUUAUGGCUCUCGGGAAUUGAGUGGGAUGAUGAACUUCCUCCACAAUUACUGAAGGACUGGCUCAAGUAUAGAAGUGAAUUAGAUUCACUUACCAAAUUUAGUAUCCCACGCUGGAUCAACAUCAAUAAUGAUGAUAAAGUUCGCGAAUUGCAUGGCUUCUGCGAUGCUUCAAAUGUUGCAUUUGCGGCAGUUGUGUACUUGCGAGUAGUUAAUUCCAAUGGGGAAAUUAAUGUUGCAUUAAUUGCUUCCAAAACAAAGGUAGCGCCCAUUAAACAAGUUUCGAUUCCGAGAUUGGAACUUUGUGGAGCUGUACUACUCACAAGACUGCUACUUGAAGUGUCUCAAGUAAUGGGUAUGGAGAAAUCUUCUAUUCAUGCGUGGACUGACUCACAAAUUGUGCUGGCUUGGCUUCAAGAACAACCUAGUCGUUGGAAAACAUUUGUCGCCAACCGAGUGUCGGAGAUUAUUACUUCGUUGGAACCGCAGCAAUGGCAACACGUAUCUACCAAGGAUAAUCCUGCAGAUUGUGCAUCGCGUGGCAGUACGCAAUGGGAUGUUCAAAUCUGGAAGGAAGGGCCAAAGUGGCUGCAAGAAAAGGAUAUAAAUUUUACAAGAGGUCAAAUAGAAGAUACACAUUUAGAAGAAAGAAAAAUGAAAAUUUGUUUAAUUAAUACUCACAGUGAUGAAGCAGAUCCUGAAGAAGAAAUAUACUCACGCUUUUCAUCUUUGAGAAGACUGCUCCGCGUUACUGCACUCUGUAAAAGACUAAUUAAAAGAAUGAGAAAAAUGGAAGUAGAGGAUCAGAAGGAUUGGAUAACAAGUUUUGAAAUAAGAGAAAGUUUAAAAAUAUGCGUUAAAAGAUGCCAAGAAAAACAUUUCGGUGAAGAGCUUGCAGAUUUAAGAAAUAAAAAAGAAAUAAAUAAAAAAAGUAAACUUACCUCACUCAAUCCAAUAGUUGACGAAGACGGUAUCCUACGAGUAGGUGGCAGACUGCAGCAGGCAAUCCUUAGUGAUGAGAGAAAACAUCCUAUCAUUCUUCCUCGUAAAUCACAGUUUACAACUUUGAUUAUUGCGGAUGCUCAUGAGAGAACAUUUCACGGCGGUCCCCAAUUGAUUCAAAAUUAUUUGCAAUCUAAAUACUGGAUAAUAGGUGCGAAGGAUUUAAUACGGCUGUGUGUUCGAAAAUGUGUUCGUUGUGUACGAUAUGCCGCUCGCAUAAGACACCAGUUGAUGGGACAACUACCGGUUGAAAGAUCUACUGCUUGUCGACCUUUCUUGAGGAGUGGAGUAGAUUAUGCAGGACCUAUUAAUAUAAGAACCUCUAAAGGCAGAGCACGAGAACUCAAAUCUUUAUAUGCUCAUGAGAGGUCCAGUAUAGUGAAGGAAAUUGCAGAUCAACUGGCUACAAAUGGGACUGAAUGGCAUUUUAUCCCUCCCCAUUCCCCAAAUUUUGGAGGACUAUGGGAGGCAGGGUCUUCCUCGAGCUCCCUGCACGUGUCGUCUCUGGAACUGGCCGACUCGUAUAUAACCGUCCGUAUCCCCGAGUCCAGGGAGGUGAGGUCCUGCGAGCCGGAGUCACUGUCACUAUCCGAGUACACUAGGGGCACUUCACUUUCACUGUCACUGUCACUGUCCCGUGUACCGAGGGGCGCUACACUGUCGCUGUGCAGGCCGUCGCACCAGCAGGUGGGGGGGGCGGGGGGGGCGGGGCGCUAG